GGUAGUCGCAGUAGCGCCUGCCUAGAGGUUAGCGCCCGUUAGUCGCGCGCGACGCUCUCCGGAGGUUCAGUCGGCCGGUGACGCCAAGGUGAUCAGGAUCUCCGGCAAGGAGACCCUCCGAGACGCGCUCCGAACACGAGGGAGACAGAGAGAGAGAGAGACGCGCGGACCAUCCGAGUCAGCGAAUUUGGCGAGCGUCCUUUGGGCCGGCGAGAUCGAUACAUCGAAUCGCGCCGCGCGCUCCGCCGCAACUUCGCGCGGCACAACCGACCGGAUCCGCGAAGCGAGCCAUUUCCGGGACCCUAGGAGGUCCAGUCCCCGGGAGCGGGAGAGAGAGAGGACCGACCGGAGCAAAGGCUCGCGAGAGAGAGACGGAGAGCCGCCAUCUUCGGGCACGCUCCCCGGCCCGUGUCCCGAGUUCGGCGCGCCGAGCCACGCGAGCGAGACAGCGAGACGCGCGGCCCGCGGGACCGAGAGAGAGGGCCGAGCCGAGUCGGUAAGGAGGAAGCGACCGACUCGCCCGCGCCGGCGAAGCGACCGCCGGGGGUGACUGGCGAGUUAUUUAUUUUUCUACGGUGCGCACGGGUUUUAUACGGUCCCGAGAGUGUGCCAGCCGGGACGCGGCCGAGUCCCAGAGACCCGAGGAGGCUGCCAGACCCGGGCGAGCUCGCGCAGGUUACGACGAAGGCCGCCUCCACGAGGAAGGCGAGCCGAGGCCGAGGCAGGCGCAGCCCGACGCCCGGCGUCGCGACGCCACGGAGGAUGCCGACGAGUCUCUUCGCCGAGAUGGAGAGGGGCACCAACGCCCCCGGCGCCGGCUCCCUCGAGGACCAGCGCGCCCUCCAGCUCGCCUUCGAGCUCUCCAUGCUCGGCCUCGAGGGCACCCCCGGGUGCCCCGGCGCUAACGCCGCCAACGCCAACGGCAACGCCGCCGACCCCGACCCUCUGCAGGCGACCCCCGCCAGCGUCUUCGAGGAGGCCAGGUCCAAGAAGAGCCAGAACAUGACCGAGUGCGUGCCCGUCCCCAGCAGCGAGCACGUGGCCGAGAUCGUCGGCCGACAAGGUUGCAAGAUCAAGGCCCUGCGCGCCAAGACCAACACCUACAUAAAGACGCCGGUGCGGGGCGAGGAGCCGGUGUUCGUGGUGACCGGGCGCAAGGAGGACGUGGCCCGGGCGAAGCGGGAGAUCCUCUCGGCGGCCGAGCACUUCUCGCAGAUCCGGGCGUCGCGCAAGUCCUCGCUGGGCGCGCUCCUGGGCGCGCCGCCUGGGCCGCCCGCCUCGGUGCCGGGCCACGUGACCAUCCAGGUGAGAGUGCCCUACAGGGUGGUGGGGCUGGUGGUGGGCCCGAAGGGCGCCACCAUAAAGCGGAUCCAGCACCAGACGCACACCUACAUCGUUACGCCGAGCCGCGACAAGGAGCCGGUCUUCGAGGUGACCGGGCUGCCGGAGAGCGUGGAAGCGGCCCGUCGGGAGAUCGAGGCGCACAUCGCCAUGCGCACCGGCACGGACCCGGGCCUGGCCGAGGAGACGGACCUCCUGGGCGCGCUCUGCCGCGGCGGCCUCGGCUCCAUCCUCGGCUGCCUCGAGCCCCCCGGCUCCUCGAGCGGCGGCUCCAACGGCGGCAGCAGCAGCGGCGCCUUCUCCAGCAGCGGCAGCUGCAGCAGCUCCUCCAGCAGCUCCGGCGCGCCCGGGUUCAACGACCUCGUGGCCAUCUGGGGCGCGGGCCUGGAGCGCGACGAGGGCCUCGGCGAGAGCCCCAGCUUCGAGUCCCAAGCCGCCUCGGCCUCCAGCAUCUGGUCCUUCCCCGCCGUCGCCCUGCCCUCGCGGCCCUCGCCGCCCGCCUCGGCGUCGCCCGCCUCGCCGACGGAUUCGCUGCUCGGCGCCGGCGGCCCCCAGGGCCGCCGCGAGUGCGUCGUCUGCGGCGACAAGGAGGUCACCGCCGCCCUCGUGCCCUGCGGCCACAACCUCUUCUGCCUGGACUGCGGCAACCGCGUCUGCGAGAGUUCCGACCCCAGCUGUCCCGUCUGCUCGAGGCCCGUCCUCCAGGCCUUGCGUAUCCUCUCGUAAGGCCGGCGCCCCAGGGCCGUCAGGACGCACCCGGGCCCCCGUCGGCCGCCCGGACCUCCGCCGGGACCGAAGCCAGGACCGAAGCCACGACCUCCGCUCACCCGUU